AAAAAAAACACACACAUUAAUUAACGGCGUCAGAGACAGUUAAAAGGCUCCGUUAAUCGUGUUCACUCUGUAACGAUUAUCCAACUGAAUUUCCCACCAUAAAGAUACUGCUCCUCUCUCUACUCUCUAACUCACUCUCUCUCUCUCUCUCGCUCCAUCUCUGCAAAUCCCAUUACACAGAACCCACAUUCUCUCUCUCUCUCUCUCUCUCUCUCAGUGGAUCAUUGUAAAAAUCUCAAAAGAAACCCAUCUAUCUCCACUGAUUCGCCAUUCAAGAACUUCAAGAAAACCGUUUCAAAUCACAAAAAUGGCGAAACCCACCUCUCUAUCUUCCCCAUUCCUAUCUUGCUUGAUGAUCUUCUCACUCUGUUCCAUAUCCAGAGCACAAUCACAAUCACAACAAAGUCCGAUCUAUCUUCAAUUCUCUCUCAACGCAACAGAGUUCCCAUCAGAAGAAUACUACGAUUACAUCAUCGUCGGUGGCGGCACCGCUGGGUGCCCAUUGGCGGCGACUCUGUCGCAGCAUUUUAGGGUUUUGGUGCUUGAACGAGGUGGUCUUCCAUAUGGAAACCCUAAUUUGAUGCGCGAAGAGGGUUUUCUCACCGCUCUCUCGGAGGUGGACAUCUACAACUCGCCGGCGCAACCAUUCACCUCCGAAGAUGGGGUUCCAAACACCAGAGGCAGAGUUCUUGGCGGAAGCAGCGCAAUCAAUGCUGGGUUUUAUAGCAGAGCCGAUCAAGAAUUUUAUAGAAUAUCGGGAAUGAAUUGGGAUUUGGGUUUGGUGAAUCAAUCAUAUGAAUGGGUUGAGAGGGCUAUUGUGUUUCGUCCAGAGCUCAAGAAUUGGCAAUCGGUGAUCCGAGACGGAUUAUUGGAAGCUGGUGUUUAUCCUUACAAUGGGUUUAGCUUAGAUCAUUCUUUGGGUACCAAGAUUGGUGGUUCUACCUUUGACACCACCGGUCACCGCCACAGUGCUGCUGAUCUUCUUAGUUACGCAAAACCAUCAAACAUUCGAGUCGCUGUUCACUCGAGCGUCGAGAGAAUUCUAUUAGCUUCUUCUUCGGCCUAUUCGGGGUCAAAACAAUCUGCAAUUGGGGUUGUUUAUCGCGACCAAGUUGGGCGAUACCACCACGCUAUGGUGAGGGAAAAGGGCGAAGUAUUGCUCUGCGCCGGUGCUCUUGGCAGCCCGCAGCUUCUGCUUUUGAGUGGCAUUGGCCCGAGGCCUUACCUCUCGUCUUGGGGAAUUCCGGUUGCUCAUCACUCGCCUUAUGUUGGGCAAUUCCUCUAUGACAACCCGCGAAAUGGGAUCUCAAUUGUGCCUCCAACUCCAUUGGAGCAUUCUCUUAUACAGGUUGUGGGCAUUACCAAUUCAGGGGCUUACCUCGAAGCUGCCUCGAAUAUCGUGCCUUUCUCUUCCCCAGCUCGCUCAGUUUUCAUUCACAACCCGUCUUCGCCGCUAUUUCUCACAGUUGCCACAAUCAUGGAAAAGAUUACUGGACCGUUAUCUACGGGUUCGCUCCGGUUGGCUUCAACCGAUGUUAGGCUCAACCCAAUUGUGCGGUUUAACUAUUUUAGUAAUCCGGGGGAUGUGGAGCGGUGUGUCAACGGUAUGCGGAGGAUUGGUGAUGUGCUGAGAAGCCGGUCCAUGGACGAAUUCAAGUUCCGGGAAUGGUUUGGUGACCAGGGUUUUAGAUUUGUGGGGCCUGCAUUGCCUGUUGAUCAGUCAAAUGAUGUGCUGAUGGGAGAGUUUUGUCGACGGACAGUGAGUACUAUCUGGCACUACCAUGGCGGCUGCCUGGUGGGAAAGGUGGUUGAUCGGCAUUUAAGGGUUAUCGGGAUUGAUGGUCUCCGAGUUGUUGACGGUUCGACAUUCACUACAUCUCCAGGGACCAAUCCACAGGCUACUGUUUUGAUGCUUGGGCGGUAUGUGGGUAUGAAGAUUAUCAAAGGGAGAAUGAAAUAGAAGCAGCUUUUCAUGCUUCUAAUCUGCUUGGUGGCAACUAGUGUUUCUCUUUUGCUUCCAUGUUUGUAAUUUUCUGUCAUAUGUACGUAUGUUUUUGAAGAUAAAGCAAAGGCACAUGCAGAAGUAUUGAGUUUUUUUCUUCUUUUUUUUUUCUGAAUUCAUUC